UGCGAACCAGCCGGAACCGGCACCACGUGGUGCUUUGCCGAAACGCAAACUUGGUUCUCUAUAGUGUGUUCUUUAUAAUAUCACGUGUAUCGUACGCAAGAAACAACGUUAAUUGGGAUCUGUUGGGACAGACAUAAUUGAAAACAGGCCGCGAAUAUCGCGUUCAACGCUGUUGAACUGUGUUGCAUCUAACGUUAUCGUGUUUUAAGUUACUCGCCCAGUGAAGUUCGACCAAACACAGUGAUGACUAAAAUAAGUCCCGAAGGGACCCAACAGAAGGAACAUGACUCGGCGGCAAGGAUCCCCAAAAGGGACCAAGAAAUAGACAAUCCUUGUCUGCAGGAACAUUUAUUGUCUUUGAAGUGCCUCGACAAUAACGAAUACGUGCAGAAGAGGUGCGAGCCUUACUUCGAGAACUACAAAAUAUGCAAGAUGUUUUGGAGAAAUGUUAAGAAGGAUCGGAGAUUGAAGGGUAUCAAACCGGAACUCCCUUUGCCGGAGGAUCGAAGAAAAGUGAAAGCAGAGUACAUAAAGACAUUUGUGCCAGAAUAGUGUUAGGUUCUUAAUAAUUGAUUAGAGAAAGAUUGUUUAACGAACGACCGUAUAUUUAAGUAAUAGGUAGACAGCGAGAAUAAAAGGCGAUUUACAUAAAAUCUUUUUAAUAUCUUUGGCAGAAACAAACAUUUGGGGAAUAGUGUGAUUACAUUUACCAUCUAUAAAAGUUAGAAACAAAUGUCGAUGCAUAAGUUGCGCUGGAAACUAAAUUCAACGUCUAAACAGAUA